AUGGGCUCCCUCAUCAGUCUCAUCCUGGUACCUCAAAGUCUCCCCGGUGUCCCCGGUAUUGGGCAGACAGAUAUCAACCCCGACAAGGCUGCCGCAGAACUGUCCCCAGUUGUCUGGGACGUCCAAGCAGUGGGCGCGCAACCGAAUCCGGCAUUUACAGCUACCGGCACCGGCCAUGAAGAGCCUUUCCUUCCCGCAAGGACCUACACUGCUCAGAUCCAUGCGGUACCAGGACUGGAUCUAUCUUCGGGAGGAGAGGUAGAGAGAUUCAUCCGUACUGCACACGAGUCCGACUUGAUGAAGUUGCUUGCUACACAGCCCACAACCAUGAUUACCAUUGGCAAGACGGUGGCUGCUCCAGAACAGACGCCCCCUUGA